CACACACUCAAAUAUCCUCAAAACACUGGUUUUCUCGCACAUAUGUGUGUGUGUUUGCGUGUCUGACUCGUUCUUUGACUCAGUUUGUUGAGGUCGUGGCGGCUGGAAGACUCAUCAGAAGAGUAAACUGAAUGUGAUCAUGAGACAGGAGGAGCUGAUCGCUCAGAAGAAGAGAGAGAUCGAGGCCAGACUGAAAGAACAGGCUCAGAAGAAGCAGAAGCCCGUCCAGAACCAGAACCAGAACCUGAACCAAUCCAGCAGUUCUCCUCCCUCAGAGGCAUCUUCAUCAUCAUCCUCCUCCUCCUCCUCCUCAUCCUCAUCAAACAAGUUUGUGAACGACGGCAGUUUCCUGCAGCAGUUCCUGAAGAUGCAGCGAGAGAAAUCCAGCGCUGAUGAAGGAUCGGCCAGCUCCGCCCCCAGCACUCAGAGCCCGCCCUCAGCCGGAGGUCAGGCUCAGAAGAGGAGCGUUCUGAUCGGAAAGCGGCCCGGUCUGGGGGUCAGCAGCAUGAUCAAUCAGUUCAAGAACUACUCUCCGUCCAAGAAGACAGCGCUGCCCGCGGCCCGACCCAGUGUGUUCAGCUCCCCCGAUGAUGAAGAGGAGGAGGACGAUGAUGCAGACUACCUGGAGGUCAAAGUUUCCCCCCCAGAGGACGGAGAUCUGCGUCUCGUCAUCGAUAAGAUGGCCUCGUUUGUCGCCGAAGGCGGUGCUGAGCUGGAGAAGAAGGCCAUGGAGGACUACAGAGACGAUCCCGUCUUCUCGUUCUUGUUUGAGAAGAGCAGUAAGGAGUUUCUGUACUACAGAAGGAGAGUGGCGGAGAUCAGACGAGACGCGUCGCAUCAGACCGAUGUCUCCUCCUCAGUGGAUGACAGCACCAGGAAGGUGGCGGAGAAACUGGCGCGCUUCGUGGCGGACGGCGGCACGGAGGUGGAGAUCAUGGCUGCUCAACACAACCGAGACAAUCCUGCCUUCAGUUUCCUGUAUGACUAUCAGAGCGCGGCUCAUCGCUUCUAUAAGGCUAAAGUGGACGAGUUCCGUCAGGAUAAGAGCAGCAGCGAAUCGCAGACGGCCGUCUCACAGGAACACACACACACCGCCGCCAAGAGGAAGAGGAAGAGCCGCUGGGGAGCCGAGGAUGAUAAAGUGGAGCUGCCCACGCCAACGCUUAUCAGCCCUGCUGCUCCAGCGGCCGGAUCCAGCACUCCUGCACUGACAGAUCAGGAGCUGAGCAGUCUGGGAUAUAAGAAGGGGAAGCCGGUGGGUCUGGUGGGUGUGACAGAGCUGUCAGACGAACAGAAGAAACAACUCAAAGAACAACAGGAAAUGCAGGAGAUGUUCGACAUGAUCAUGAAGCACAAGCGUGCGAUGCAGGACAUGCAGCUGUUGUGGGAGAAAACCAUCAAAAACCACCAGCACGAGUACGACAGCGAUGAGGAGCUGGAUCCUGAGGACGGAACCUGGGAGCAUCGGCUCAGACAGAUGGAGAUGGAGAAGACCCGAGAGUGGGCGGAGCAGCUGACGGACAUGGGCAAAGGGAAGCACUUCAUUGGUGACUUCCUGCCUCCGGAUGAGCUGGAGAAGUUCAUGGAGACGUUUAAAGCUCUGAAGGAGGGCAGAGAUCCAGAUUACUCCGAGUACAAGGAGUUCAAGCUGACGGUGGAGAACAUCGGCUUCAAGAUGCUGAUGAAGAUGGGCUGGAAGGAGGGCGAUGGUCUGGGCUCAGAUGGACAGGGCAUCAAAAACCCCGUCCACAGAGGCUCCACGGCGGUGGACGGCGCAGGCUUCGGUGUGGACCGACCCGCUGAACUCUCGAAGAGUGACGAUGAGUACGAUGCUUUCCGUAAGAGGAUGAUGCUGGCGUAUCGCUUCAGACCGAACCCUCUGAACAAUCCCAGGAGGCCGUACUACUGAACCAGCAGCAUCUCCUGUGUUUACUCAUAACAGGUUGAAUUAUGACUUCAUAAUGGAUUAAUACAGCCUCGAGCCCUUCGUGUGUUUCUGUUUGUUUAUUUAAAGAUGCUGAUUUAUUACAUUUAUUCAAAACUGUAA